UUUUAAUUACUUCUUAAGCUCCGCUUAUCCAAUGCAAACUUUUUUUUCCCCUGUUUUUGGGUUAGUUACCCAAAUUUUCCAGUGAUUAGAACUCCUGCUGCCUCAGAAUUUAACAAGGCCAGUAAAACCUAAACCAAAAGGUGAUAUUAAAAUGCGGAUUGCGUUAUGGGGGGAGAAUUUGGGAUUGGUAUAAACCUGAAGAGAAAAUCGAAUCGCGGAAGAAAUAACCCUAUGGAAUUGGAAUCUCGGGAACUGGAGAAAGAUAUGCGUUUGAUCGUGGCCAUCGGAUGCCGAUUCCGAUUCCGAUCGGCAUUCGAUUCGUACUCGGUAGCUUGUGAGGCAUUCUCUGAAAAACAACAACAGAUUCUCUCCUCGUCGCGUUCGCUUCCAAUCGGGGUCAAAAUUGACCUCUAAUAGCGUUUCCUGCCCAUUUUUUUCCGGCUUUUCUUUUAUUCUUUUGUUUUUUGUGAAUUUUGGGCUCUUCUUGUUGUUGGAAAUUUCGAUCGGAUUUCGUUGGUUCUGGCGGCGGUUAGUUCUUUGUACAUAGAAAGAAUGGAGGCGGGUGAUGAUUGUGAUUUCGCUGAGAAAGAUCCGUCGGGUCGGUACAUUCGGUAUGAUGAGAUCCUGGGGAAGGGAGCUUUCAAGACUGUUUAUAAGGGAUUUGAUGAAGCUGAUGGAAUAGAGGUUGCAUGGAACCAAGUCAAUAUUGAAGAUGUCUUGCAGACGCCUGAACAGUUGGAAAGGUUAUAUUCAGAGGUUCAUCUUUUGAAGUCAUUGAAACAUGAAAAUAUUAUGAAGUUCUACAACUCCUGGGUGGAUGAUAAGAGCAAGACCAUUAACAUGAUAACAGAGUUGUUUACUUCGGGGAGUUUGAGGCAAUACCGUAAGAAGCAUAAGAAUGUUGAUAUGAAGGCCAUCAAGAACUGGGCACGGCAGAUCCUUAGAGGGUUACACUAUCUGCAUAGUCACAAUCCUCCGAUCAUUCAUAGAGAUUUAAAGUGUGAUAAUAUAUUUGUAAAUGGAAAUAAUGGAGAAGUCAAGAUCGGAGAUCUUGGAUUGGCAACUGUCAUGCAGAAGCCCACUGCCCGAAGUGUGAUUGGCACUCCCGAAUUCAUGGCUCCAGAGCUUUAUGAUGAGGAAUAUAAUGAACUUGUUGACAUCUAUUCUUUUGGUCUGUGCAUGUUGGAGAUGGUUACUUGUGAAUAUCCUUAUAAUGAAUGCAAAAAUCCAGCACAAAUAUAUAAGAAAGUUACCUCUGGUAUUAAGCCUGCUUCCCUUGGUAAAGUGAAUAAUCCCCAAGUUAAGCAGUUUAUUGAGAAAUGUCUUCUUCCAGCAUCUAUGAGAUUGCCAGCUGUGGAGCUCUUGAAAGAUCCAUUCCUUUUGGCUGAAACUCCCAAGGAAGUUGCCUGUGGUCCACUGCAGUUACCAAAUCUUAUGCCCAAAUUAGUUAAUUUGAUCCAGUCUGAACCUCUUCCAAUGGACAUAGUUCCUAACUCCAAAAAGCUUCAGGUCAAUUCUUCUACAAAAAGCAUCGAAGAAACUCCUCGAAUUUCGACUCUUGAGCUACAGUGUUUCACUGAGAAUAAUGAAUUUAUGUUGAAAGGGGAGAAAAAUGAUGAUAAUACAAUUUCAUUGACCUUGCGCAUUGCUGAUCAAUGUGGUCGAGCAAGGAAUAUCCAUUUUUCCUUUUAUCUAGAUUCUGAUACUGCUAUUUCGAUUGCUGCGGAGAUGGUUGAACAACUUGAUUUGUCAAAUGAAGAUGUGACUGCCAUUGCAGAGUUGAUUGAUAGCAUGAUAAUGAAGUUUGUACCCUGCUGGAAACCUUCAUUUGGAAGCAUUUCAUGUCUACAAGAUGGCUCAUGCUGCCCUAGCAAGGCCACUGUUAAGACAGUUGGUGAGCAAGAAGCUUUCAGAGACUUUGCCAUUGUGAAAUGCCAAGACACCCAAGAAUCUGUCAGUUCAGAUAUGUCAACUGAAUGUGAUGGAAUGGUGGCCUCGGAUGGUAGUAACAACAAACCAAUGGGAUCUUCUGGUUACAGUUAUGGUGAGUGCUGUAAAGGUGAUUUUGGUUUAUUAGAUAUUGGGGUUUAUAACCAUCUUAGGCAUAAAGAGACUGGUAAUGCGGAAAACCUUGGGGAAUCUGUUCUGAUAAAUGACUCCACAAAGAACUCUGAGACAUCCUUAAUGGAUUCUUGUUCUUUUGCAUCACAAGAUAUGAGCUUGUCAAGCAUCUGCUCUCUAUCCCUAGCAGACAAGGAUCAGUUUGAUGAGCUGAAGUUGGAGCUCGACGCAAUUGAUACACAGUAUCACCAGUGUUUCCAAGAACUUGUGAGGAUGAGAGAAGCAGCAAUGGAGAACGCCAAAAAAAGGUGGAUAACAAAGAAGAGAGUAUCUGUGAUGUGAUGUACUAGAUUUCUUUUGCGGUUAAGUUUUCUCCGCUCUCCUUGGCUGUGAUGGUUGGCUUUUUUCCAUUUUUUUUGCUGUUACUGUUGCAUUGGAAGAAAUCAUUCCUUGACAGAUUUCAUUUAUUUGGUUUAUUGUUAAAAAUGGGAUAAAUCUCUGAUUGUAGUCCAUUGAUUUAUCAUAUUCGUUUCUCUUAAUCAUUGAGACCUAGAUUCCAAGUA